CUCCCGCGCUGGGGAGGAAAGGGCCGGUAGGUGCUGGGACUACUGCCGGAGCCGCCCCCACCGCCGCCCCAUCGAAGCUGGGGGGAGUGAGCCGAAGCGAGACCCAAGUGCGCGACCUGAUUUUGAGAAAUCGGAAGAGUGUCCUCUGUCGAGCGCGCCGAGCCUUGUCUAGCUACCUUUGAUUUAUGAGACAAACCCGCACCCCGGGGUUCCAUGUGCAUCCGCUGGCCGGGCUGCUCCGUAGGAAGCCAUGCUUGGAUACUUAUAGCCAUGUUUCAGCUCGCCAUGGAUCUGCCCUCGUGUGAGUCCCUGGGCCCGGGCCCCGACUUCCGGCUGCUGCCCCGGCCACCGCAGCGGCCGCCCCGGCUGUGGAGUUUGAAGAGUGGACAGGCCGCGCGCAUCCCUGUGCCCGUGUGGAGCCCGCGCCCGGCCCGCGUGGAGCGCAGCCACGGCCAGAUGCCCAGCCCGCGCGCCAAACGGGCGCACAGACCCAGGGACCAGGUGGCCACCCUGGUGCCCAGAGGCGGGCUCGCCAAGCCCCCGGCCACAGCCGGAUCCAGCCCUUCCCUCGGCUCCUCCUCCGCCGCGGCCCCCUCGCCCACGGCGGGUGGUGCGGCCGGCACGGACCAGCAGGCCCUCCUGCGGAGAGGGAAAAGGCACGUGCAGGGGGCCGGCUUCAACGGCUUUGACUUCCGGGGCAGCAGGCCCACCACCGAGACGGAGUUCAUCGCCUGGGGACCCACGGGGGAGGAGGAGGCCCCGGAGUCCAACACAUUUCCAGGCCUUUACGGCCCCACCACGGCUUCCAUCUCACAGACACGGAAGACGACCGUGGCCAUCGCCACCACCGCCGCCACGGCCACCACGGCCACCUCCAUGACGCUGCAGACUAAGGGGGCCACUGAGCCCCUGGGCCCAAGGAAUAGGAUCCCGGUUGGGGCUAGCACAACGGAGCCUUCCACCAGUCCCAGCAAAGACAAUGGCGAAGACGUCAAGCCCCCACGAAUUCUGGGGGAGACCUCAGGUCUGGCUGUUCAUCAGAUCAUCACCAUCACUGUCUCCCUCAUCAUGGUCAUAGCUGCUCUGAUUACAACUCUUGUCUUAAAAAACUGCUGUGCCCAAAGCGGGAACACGCGCAGGACCAGCCACCAGCGGAAGACCAACCAGCAGGAGGAGAGCUGCCAAAACCUGACGGACUUCACCCCUGCCCGGGUGCCCAGCAGCCUGGACAUCUUCACGGCCUACAACGAGACCCUCCAGUGCUCCCACGAGUGUGUGCGGACGGCCGUGCCCGUGUACGCAGACGAGACGCUGCAUCCGACGGGGGAGUACAAGUCCACGUUUAACGGGAACCGACCCUCCUCCGAUCGGCAUCUUAUUCCUGUGGCCUUUGUGUCUGAGAAAUGGUUUGAAAUCUCCUGCUGACUGGCCGAAGUCUUGUGUACCUCCUGGGGGCAGGGCAGACGCCAUGUGUCUAUUUUAUGGAUUCCGUUGGUGAACCUGUAAAAAAAAUAAUAAAUAAAAUAAUUAAACACACACACACACACACACACAAAACCUACAAGUAAACUUUGUACGGGGAGGGUCCCCAUAUGUACUGCUUCAGUUUGCCGGUGGGAAGCUCAAAGAGCAGGACGCUAUAGGCCAAAUAUAUUUUUAUAAAAAUGCUCACGCCUAUGGGGAACUGCCUUCUGCCAGAGUUUUCUUUGGAGAAUGGAGAGAAGCAAAGCAAGAAAGAAGUUGGAGACGAGAAGGAAGGCCAGCAGGAAGCACCUGAAGCCUGGGAUUUGUACUGAUUCUGAACCUUUGCCAAUAAUACCAUUAUGUGCCAUGUACUGACCCGAAAGACUUGGUGACAAAGCCGAAGCCAAGCGAACCACGUGUAGAAAUCUCACAGAAAACAGGGGUGGGAAUCUUCCGACAGAGUCGCUAUUUCUGGUUAAUAUACAUAUAUAAAUAUAUAAAUACACACAGACACACACACUUUUUUUGUACUGUAGCGAUUUUUGAAGAUCCUCAAUGUUCCUUUUUAAAAAAAAAAAAACGUUAUCGGUUACAAAAUCUGAUUUAUUUAAUGCUUAGUUUGAACAGGAUAAACCGGUGUUUUCUAUGUUGGCGACAUGCACACACGCGUGCACACAGACGCCCACACGCAAACACACACGCGCAUAUAGAGGCCUGUAUUGGAAACACAGUUCCAUGAGUGAGCAUACUCUUUCUGGUGACCUGGUACCCCAUUGCCACCCAUCCCAGGGGACAGUCUGGACCCACACAAAGGGAGCCCCUAAAUGACACAUCUUGCAUUUGCUGGUAUUUGGUGAGGGGCACUCGAUGUGUAAUGUAUUCUGUUGGGCCAGAGUUAAGAAUGCCGUGGGUUUUAUAUACAUACAUAUAUAUAUAUAUAUGUAUAUAUAUACACAUAUAUAUAUAUAGACACAUAAAUAUGAUCGCUUUUCAUUUAAUUGUUUGAAGAAGCUACCUAACAGCCAUGCACACAUUUACAUAGCCGGCUGCUUACAAAGGGGACGAAGCAUCAGACUGGGCGGGUGGUGGAUUCUUGGCCAUCUUUGUGUUAAAGAAGCAGAGACUGAAUUAAAGAAAAUUUUCCAGUUCCAAAAAUUAAAGGAAUGUAUCCUUACCACGUGUGUGCGUAUGUCAGAGCAGAACCCAAAAACAUACGAGGGCCCCUGUUUGUUCGAAAAUGAGGAAACAGUUCCACGUGCAGAGGACCCAGGUGUGCCCCAUGGGUGCUGUGCCCCACGUGUGUCCACGUUUCUUUCCCACGUGCCGGUGGUGGACAGGACUGCCUGCUCUUUCUAGGGCCCAAGCAUGACUUUGAAUCUUGAUCGGGACGGUAGCAGAUGCUACGCUCUCUUGCCGGUGCCAGUCAACGUUUGUGUCUUGCCGUGAGGAGUCCUGCAGUGGGUUUUUCCGGUGGAAAUAGGGGCCCGAGGCUGGAGCCUCAUUACAGCGAAUCCCAACCACACGUAAUUCGCUAGAAAUACUGCCAUGUCCGGGGCUGGCUACUCCCUCCCAAUUCCAGCCAUAUAAUUAAUGGUGCCCUGGUGCCCCAUCCGUGCCGUCAGUAAGGGGCGCUAUAAGGGAAGCUGUUUUCUCCUCGUGGGGACCCCAGAUUAGGUGCCUGUGGCCUGGCUUCUGUGAAUGGCCCACCUGUGAUUUGAUUGCACCCGUCUCGUGUGUGUGAACUGGUCUCCGAAAUGCCCCGCAGACCAGGUUAACCCUGCCCGCACUCGUCGGCUGGGCCGGUGGCCUCACAGUGCUUCCCCGGGGCCCGGUCUCCCUCUGUAACAUCCUGAAAUGUGCUUGAAAAGCUAGCUUCUGCACCUCUCUCUUGGCAUAUGGGAAGGCAAAAAGAUGCCAGGCGAGGAAAAAAAACCUUAGUGUUAAGUCUGUGUUAUUUGGAAUUACUCACCACGUGGGAAAGUCGGUGUUUUGGUUUGGGUUUUGGUUUUGUUGUUUUUCUCUGAAGCUGUGGCACGUGCGGAGGACAACGCAGAAACCCCCGGCCACUGGCAUCUCCAGGCUCCUGGGGCUCACCCGCGUGGCCCUGGAGGGUGCACCUGUCUCCAUGCAUCACCCUGCCCACCUGUCUCAUUACCUGUGGACUUGGAGGUGGCCCUGGGGACUUCCUGACUCAGGUGAGCACGGCUGGCUUGGUGUGAGCUCGAGGCCAGGGCUGUCCGUGCCCUGCAGGGCGGUGCAAGCUGCCCUCUGCUCUCUGACCCCUUGAGCUCCAAGGAGCCUGACCGGGAAGGAGGUGAUGGCAGGGGCCUGUUCAUUCACCCACAGCAGGAACCCAGGAUUCCUGACGACGACACAAUUUGGUGUCCACACCGCACGUGUGAUGGCUGCUCAGCCCCUGCCUCGGACCUCAGGAUGCCGAAACCCUUUCCAGAGCCCCGAGUGACGCUGAGCUUUCGAAGGAAGCUUAAAAUAGCACCCCCACCCACCCACCAAACACAGCCCCUUGGGCACGCGCUCAGGGCGGGGCUGGGGCCUGCGCCCACACCUGCACGUUCCUCACCAGGAAGUCUAGCUCUGGGUUGACAUCGGUCGAAACAAAUCCACCUUGGGGAAGGCCACUGUUCCACGGUGGCUGAGGGAGUGCGCGUAGGGAUUUUAGGUUUUAGGUGGUCACCGGGAAACGUGGAAGCAUCAUCUUUGUACGGGGGUGAUAAGGAAGGAAAGGAAGCAGGCUUACAAAACUCAGUCCCACCCACGAGGAGGUCUGUAAAGUGAGACAGCACGGGCGUCUUCCGAGUCCAGCCCACGCACACAGGUGCAGGCGUCCUGAGUGUCCACAUGCCGGGUGUGGCCAGGCUGUCCCUCCACACGCAGCCCUCGCUCCCCUCAGCCUCCUGGAGUUCAAGUUCACUCAAGGCUGCCUUGCAUUAUUCGGCCAGAGGUCCGUCUGCUGGGUCCUCACAUUUGCUCUAGCUUUUUUUUUUUUUUUCCCCCCCCCCCCCCACCCAAGAAAGGUGCCGAGAGGAAGGGCAUUAUGGUUUGGUAAGUUCCCCAGUUUUUGUCCACCUCCACCUCCUCCCUUGGCGACUCUGCAGUCCACAGUCGUGCCCCCCCCCCCCCCCCCCCCGCAGCACUUGGACCACCGUCCGUCAUCUGCCAUUAACGCUUUCAGAACAGCUAGGCUGGGCGUUGGGCACUCUGCUGUCCAGUCAAGUCUGUUUCUAGGCUUAAUUACUUCUGAUCUCCGUGCUCGCGAUGUCAUCCUUAUCUGGUUGAAAGAAUGGGUGUAAUUACUUUUGUUGACAAGCUCUGAAUGCCAAGGGGGAGGGGCUCCUGGCUCAGCCGGGAAAGCUUCCUGGUGGUUCCCCACUGGGCUUGGCUUCCAGUGGCGUCCAGGGCACAGCCGGGCCAUGUGCCUACUGGGUCUUCCUACUCAGCCGCUGCUUGCUCACGUGCGGCGUGGAAGCAUAGGGACCCCUGGGGCACGUCGGAAGGCAGCUUGUGUCCACAGUGUCCUUCUUGCACGGGAGGGACAGGAGGGAGUCCGUGUUUUCUUCCACGUGUUUCCGGUCCUUCUGCAUCCCGACUCUGGGUGCACGUCUUGUGAGGCAUUCGGCCCGCUCCUCUGGUCCUUCAUGCACCAUUUGCAACUUCGGAGCCUGGACUCAUCAGCAAAUCCCGCUGCCUCUGAAUUGGCCCCCGGGAAUUGGGUCCUUACUCCUGUGACCUUGACGUCUUGGAACAUUCUUCCAUCUCACAGAUCUGUUGCUGUUUUCUCAGCCACAUUUUAGCAUCAGGCAGAGUCUUCCUUACCGGCUUCGGUCUUGAGGAACGUUGUGCCGGGAUGUCCACUCCCAUUUGUCUUGUUAUGAAAUGCACACACCAGAGAAUUGGCCCUUUUGCCUUGAAAGGUCUCUGCUUGACUCUUACUGCCUGUGGAGUUCUUUUUUUUUUUUUUUUUUUUUUUGCCUCUUUUCCCAGAUGGUCCAGUAUCAGCAGCAGCUCAGGAAGCUGGGUUGACCUCAGUCUCUUGGGAGAUAAGACAAGAAGCCAGGGCUGAGGUUCGGGGUCGGGACCUGCAGCGAUAUGACGGUCGGGCUGGGUCUUCCCAUGCCUUCUGUACCCACCUUCCUUUGUCCAUUAUUGUGACAUUGUCACCUUGUCUCAUCAGGGAGGUCCCAGCAUGAGUGAGUGUCCAUGCUCUCCUGAACCAUCUUCCCUCUUAUUUCCACGGAGUCGCCCCUCACAUCACAGCAGGGAAAGGCGCUGAGCAUCCUGAGUUCUGUCGACACUCCAGGGCCAUUCUUGUUUCACGGUAUGUGUCCCUUAAGAAGACACUACCCACAGAUGCAGUUGGAAGAGAAGCCACUCUGUGGCUUGCCAGAAGUCACUGUUCCUCUGCUCACGCAAAGGCUCCAACUUCUGUCAUGUUGGCCACACGGUGACGAGCAAGGUGGACAUGAUCCUGCCCUCAUGGGUUUUACUUUCCACUCUUGGAGGAGGCAGAUAAUUAACAUCGAAGCAAAACAUAAUGAUUUCCAUAGAGGGGGGUGAGUGAUAGGAAGAGAACGGGGCAGAGUGAUAGCAGGGAGAGAGGAGGGGGCUGUUUGCAUCUCCUGGGGACUGUGGCUUCCUUACCGAGGGCCUGCUACGAGGGCGAUCACUCCAGUGAUGAACUUCCCUCUUCCUCCAGCGCUGCCUCUCUCCAGGACCCCUCCCCAUGCGCAUAUGUAUGUUCAUUGCCAAGUCACAGCUAGGUCAACCACGUCUCAAGGAGGACAAAGGAAUCCAAGGACCAAGGCGGCACAGCCCACAGAGCACUGGGGUCCCCAGGGAGAGUCAUCCGUCCUGGUAACAGAAAAGAAGGCAGCUGCCUUCUCCAAAGCUCACCCUCAAUACUGAUCACACUUAGCAGCAUACUUCUUAAACAACAUCUGCUUUUAAGUAAGCAGAUACUCCAAAACACGCCGUGAUUCAUGUAAUUUUGGAAUGGUUAUUUUGGUGCAGUUUGUCAAUUUGCUAUGCCAUACUGGUUUUUUGAUCGUUUGUUUGUUUUCCAAUGUAAAUAGCACAGCCCACAUAAAUGAGCAAAACUCUCACCAUCUGAGAGUUUUUGAUUAUUCUUCCUGACUUAUUUUACGUAGAUGUGCUUCCGGCUAUGAAGACAAAGUUGCUUUUCGUCCCCUGCUCUGAGCCAAGAUCUGUGUGUUAGUUGCACUCAGCAUUAUUCGUGGGGGUUGGGCGAGGUCUUAAAUAGUUGUUUGACAUUUUGAAAUGUGCUGCCAGCCCUUCCUUCCCUCCAAAAACUGUGGAGCAUGGCUGUGCACAGUUUUGCAUUUCUGGGGUUAGAGUUUGCAUUCAAAACUAAGGAAUGGGUGAAUAGAGGCGUAGGCAGAGAAUCAUCAUUGUUUAGAUCACCCCAGCCACCAAGCAAACAGAAAUAAUCUUCUUUUCGACCUCAAAUGAUUUGAGAAAGAUCUCAACCAGCAAACACACUAUCGCCAAUUUCUGGAGUACAAGUCGGCCGAUGUGUGAGCGGGCAGUCUCCAGCUGGGGAUUCAACUCUAUCCAAUCGCCCUUUCUGCCAAAAGGCCAUUAGUAGUGCCUGCAUUUUACCAGAGGAGCUGCCCCACCAGAACAGGGACAGCCAGGCUAGGACGGGUUUGUACCUCCUCCCUGUGCUCUGUUUCACUUUGUCUGGAGGGAGUGAAACGCAUAGGCUGCAGCAGACGAGAAAGCUGCACACAAUGCACCGUGAUCGUAGAAAGACCCAUAGAACAGAUGCUUGUCAUGGGCUCGUUAAGGCAGUGGUGCAUAGACAGUAGGGGUGUGAGGGUGAGGGGCUUCUCUCCAUGGCUUUUCAGACACCAUGCCAGUGACAGGUCUAUACUCCACCCUUGUGAGUGCACAGCCCACGCCCAGUGGUAAAGGCAAUUGAAGAGAAUGGUCAGCUUGGCUAUACCAUGUGUCUGGGUUGGAGCUGGAAUGCUAGAAUAAAUGCUAUACUUCCCAGUAGCCCCGUUGCAUUCCCAACUUGAUGGAUUCCUCGCUAAAUGCUCCAAGAGUUACGGUGCCUAGAAUCAAGAGAAGAGUUUCGAAUGAACCCAUAAGUCUAAGUCAUGUAUAGAACAACCACAGCUUAAGAGACAUGGUUUAAACUGGGCCAGCCUUAUGCACAUGGGACACAUGGGUUUAUGAGACCUUGGGGUGGGGUAGUUUAAACAGUCAGUAGUGAGGCGAGGGUCAGUGGAUGCAUAAAGGGGCAUAGCUCUUCUGUGUAGGGUAGAAUCAGAACACACACGUACCAUGAAUAGUGUAAGUUAAAUAGGUUAAUACAAUAAGCCAUUGGAGUUGCUAAGACAUCCCCUGGGGCUGAAUUAACUCUUGCCGAUAUCUUGAAUCUCACAGUAAAACACCUGCUGAGUAACGUGUGGUGAGAAUGAUGUGGAAGAUCAGGUUUUAAGAAAUUCUGUAUGAAUUAGUUCUGUCCCAGGUGGUCUCUCCAUGAGACAGAAUCCCCCUAGAAACCCGGAUUUUCACACAUAACUCAACACCUAGAUAUCUGCAACACCAAACAACAAAUCCGCACCAGCGUCAUUCUUGUGUGGACGUUAACUCAGCUGAUCACACUGGUUAGUUUUUGUCGGAUUUCUGAGAUUGUGCCGUAAAAUGCUUCCGUGUUGAUGCUUGUGGCUUUUGGGUUGGCAACUGUCAGUGCUAUUCCUGAUGGAUCUGGCAAGUUGUUGCUUCUGGGGAAUCGGGGAGAAUGUUAGCCACGGGAGAGGCAAGAACUCUUUGCAGUGCUAACAUCUACUUUCUGGCCCCAUUGUGUACGGUGAAGACUCGUGGCCACUAAAAAUCUAGGAAGGGGGACCCCUUGAGGACCCCUGGAUAGGUACUUCAAAUCAUUAUGCAGGAGCUGCAAAGGCAAACAUGAGUGUACCAACCUCCUGGGCCACCAUCCCAUUUCCAAGAGAAUCAUUUACUCUUUCCUCUUGACUCAUCACAAACCAAAAGGGCUAGUCUCAAAGCCAUUGUAACACCCCAACCUCCAUUUCCAAACUUUGGGGGAUCAGCAGGAGUAGGAGAGAGGGGCUCUGCUGAAGUCGUAGGCUACUGAAUUCCAUGGAAGGGUGUGACAGCAAGCCCACAGCACUGUUCUUGACCAGGCUUUCCACCAGAAGGCCCUUCCCCCUCUACCUCCAAAGUCUGUUUUGGGCUGGGAGGUCCACCCUGAAUUCUCUCUUUUAUGCAUAUGGAUUUAUAAUAUCAUAGUAUAUGAGUGCCUACAAUUUAAAGUCAACACGAGUGCUUUUCUUGAUGAGUUUCUAGCAGGAAAACAUGAACUUACAUGGAAGCCCCGGAGGGGAGGGAGCUAAGGUGCUCUGGGUAUUAUGCCACUUCUGAAAACAAGCACAACAGUCCUCCCAGCGAAGGACCUUAAAGACAGGGGUGGGCAGCUGGCUUUGCUAAAUCAGCUGGCACGAGAGAUCCCACAUGUGGCCACACACUCCUUGAACUGAACUGUCAUGACCUACAGACCCAUUAAAAAAUACGGGUUUUGUUUGCUUUUCGCUUGCAUUCGGAUUGCUUCCUCAGAAGCCAGAAGGGUGAAAGACCCUUAGCAAAGUUGGGCCUCAGUCAACUGACCAUAAAGUUGACCCUUAAAGAGGAAUUCCCAGCCCAAGAUGACACAGAACGGCUUGAGCUUCAGUGACCGUUUCAGAGACCCCCGUGUGUGCAUUGCUCAGUGGGAAGACAGGACACCCCCAUCCACGGCAUCUGCUGCUUCCUGAAACACUCACCAGCAGUUGUGGUGAGAAGGACGUGUGGGAACUUGUGAAGUUUUGGAAUGAAAAAGAAAUUUGGGGGAAACAUGUGACCAGCUUGGGGCUCCAGGUAAUUGUUUUCUUAAAGACGAGAGUUUCGUUUUGUUUUGUUUUCCCUUUGCUCCGGCAACCCCAUUUGGAUCCUUUCCUCCUCCCACAUUCCCUGGAGAAGCAAAAUGGCGGGUGCUGGGGCCCAGAACUCAGUUACCUUUCAGUUAAAACCUACUCAAAUGAAAAGCAGAACAGCAACAACAAAGCCUUCCCUGAGCUUUAAUAACACUGUUGAUUCAGUUUACUUAACUCGUGAUUGAGGUAUGGAUCAGCAAGAGAUUAAGGCUUUCAGUCUCUCUACACAUGCUAUUGAUCAGGACUCUUCUUGAACUUGACUUAGACCCAGACAGGCGUUAAACUGGACAUUGGAGGAAGAAGCACGGAUUCUCCUUUUAAAUUAUUUUCCCCUUUUUGUCCCCAAAAGGAAUAAAUGUUCACUGCAAAACAUUUAGAAAAUACCAAUAACCCAACAGAAGGGAAAUGUCUGAAACCCUUCAAUUACUGUUUAGUUCAGUGGACACUGUCCAUUCAAUGUUAAACUGGUGGGGACAAGUUGCAGAGAUCUCUGCAUGGUUACGCGCUUAACAAGUCUGGCUUCUGUGUAUGUUUUCUACAAAGGAAGUCCAACUAGCCUUUGAAUGCCUCUUUGCCGGUUUCACUUGUCAUUGGCUAAUCUUAUCAUCGUGAGUGCCAUCAUGAAGGGAAAAGGCAGUCAACCAUUUCCAUGCUUUGCGUUUGCUUUCGCAUCGUCAAGCCAUUGGCCACACCUGGGCUUUUAGGGCGGGCUAAACAGAAUCCCCAGGGAAAUAUCCAGAUUAUUGGCUGGAUUUUUCACAUGGGGCAUCUUCGUGACAGCCACAUAUCUGAGAAACGGAAGGAUCCGUUUCCAUUUUCCACAUUCUCAGUACAUUUGAAUGACACUCGAAUUCACCAGGCCUAGUUCUAUACAUUUAAGGAUGGGCCCAUCUCUCUCCUCCUCCCCAGCUCACCCAUGGAACUGGAAAAUUCACAGACCGUGAACCUGAACCACAACAUGAGGAAUUAAAUGCUGAUGGCCUCCGGGGCCUAUUUCCACAGGUGUUAAGUUACAUGUUGUAAAACUUUAUCCGCCCCCCCCCCUUACUCAUGUAAAGUAAAGCUGGGUUUAUUUUGAUUUUCCUAAAUUAUUUUCUGAUACAAUAAACUGUUACCUGUUUAUUUAUACUUUUACCUGGAGCACUUGUUAAUUUUCAACCGCAAAACGAAAGCCUCUCUGUAUAAGUGUUAUACAUACAUCUACACCACAGCUGUCCUUAUAGACAUAUUUAUAUACCAUCUUCUUGAAAGAGUUAAACUAUUGUAGCUUACUGUUGUGUUUUUCCUUAAAUGCAUAUCAUAAUCCUGUUAAUAAACAGAAAUGACACUCUAUAUUUCAGUGGGGGAGGUGGGUGGGGGCUGGGUGUGAUUUCCAUACAGGUGAACUUUUAUUCCAGAUUUUUUUUAAGUUGUUUCUGUAUUUCAAAGCUAUGUAUUUGGAAAAACAUUGUACAUGCAACACCUAUAUCAACUUUCCUGUGUAUAUUUACUACUCUGAUGUUGCUAUUAAAAAAAAACAUAAUAUGAAAAUACAUAA